UUCACAAAACGAGUUCCCAGUCUCAGGAAUGACAUCCGAACAAGAGGAAAUCAUGGAGUUAUACGUCAAAUCAUGGGGAAUAAGUUUAUAAGAUAGAAUCUGAACUUUUAUAUUAAGAAUAGUGCAUCCAAUAAACUACAUGAACUUUAGAUUGAUGAGCAACUUCAUGGUUGAGAAUGAGGAACUAACGGGCUCGGUCCGUUAUCGCCUGUAUUAGACUGUGCCUGGGUAUGGCAAACAUGUCCGGGGAUGAGGACGGGUGUCCCGAGGCGCAGCUGGUCUCUGAGGCCGGGCCCAACUGGCUCCGCGCGGAGAUCGAGCGCCUGACGCGGGAGCUGAGCGAGACGAGCCGGGAGAAGAUCCAGGCGGCGGAGUACGGGCUCGUAGUGCUGGAGGAGAACCAGCAGCUGAAACAACGCUUUGAAGAUCUGGAGAACGAAUAUGAGACUGUCAGACAAGAACUGGAUCAGCUCAGAGAGGCAUAUGGUCAGGUUCACUCCACCCAUAGAAAGGUGGCUGCAGAUGGGGAAAGCAGGGAGGAGUCCCUCAUCCUGGAGUCGGCAUCUAAAGAGGCGUACUAUGAGCAGAGAGUGCAAGAACUGCAGGCUGAGCUACGACAAACCAAAAAUACUCUCACCAGCACCCAGGCGGAGAAUGAACGUCUGGCCACUCUCGCACUCGAGCUGAGAGAGAAUAAUGAAAUUGUGGAGCUGCAGCGCAGUCGUCUGCGUGACGACAUUCGAGAGUACAAGAUCCGAGAGUCUCGUCUGCUGCAAGACUACACUGAACUAGAGGAGGAGAACAUCAGCCUUCAGAAACAAGUCUCCACCCUUAAACAGGGUCAGGUGGAGUUCGAGGGAUUUAAACAUGAGAAUCGACGCUUGCAAGAGGAAGUGCAGUACCUGAACAGCCAGCUAGAGGAUGCUGUUCGGUUACGAGAAAUAGCUGAGCGUCAGCUAACUGAGGCUCUGGAAACCGUAAAGACAGAGCGGGAGCAGAAAGCAGCUCUUCGAAAAGAAUUGACACAUCACAUGACACUGGGAGACUCGCUUCUUGCCAGCUCAUUGGAUGGGCUCAAACUGAGUGCGGAUGAACCAAAUAACGACGAUGCCAUUCUUAUGUUUGAGAACGGAUUUGCUAAAGUCAGCGAUGCUAACGAUGAAGAUAACAGGCUGUCUACACCCAAAAGAGAUGGAAACUUCCGUCCCGCACCAAGUCUGGUGGAUGACUUGUUGACAGAGCUGAACAUCUCGGAAAUCCAGAAACUCAAGCAACAGCUCUUACAGGUGGAGCGAGAGAAGGUAGCUCUUCUCACCACUUUACAGGACUCUCAGAAGCAGCUAGAGCAUGCUCGAGGAGCAUUAGCCGAAAAGCAGGAAGCUAUGAUGAGACUUAGCGAUGAUUUGGGCGUUAUGAGGAGACUGCAGGCAGGCAAAGAGCGGCAGUCGGCCCUGGACAGUGAGCGAGAGAGAGACAGUCGAGAGGACAAUGAUGUGGACUAUUAUGAGCUGGAUAUCAAUGGGCCAGAGAUUCUUCGCUGCAAGUAUGAGGUAGCCAUAGCAGAGGCAGGUGAACUGAGAGAGGAGCUUAAGACACUAAAAUCAGAGCAUGAUGAGCUGAAGGCCGAGCAUGAAGAAGUACGGGCACGACUUGAGGGACAGGUGCGUGACCUCAGUGUUCAAGUGUCUCAGCUGGAGAGCAGCAGUCGCACAAACAGAGAUCAAGUCACUCGGUUGGAAAAGGAGCUAAAGGAAGUGAGUGCAGUUGCAGGCGAAACAGAAGGCAGUCUCAGCGUUGCCCAGGAUGAGCUUGUUGCCUUUAGUGAAGAGCUUGCAAACCUCUACCACCAUGUCUGCAUGUGCAACAAUGAAACCCCGAACCGUGUCAUGCUUGAUUUUUACAAAGAGGGUAAAGGAAACAAGUCCAACGGUAAAGAUCGUCAGUCUACGUUGACCCAAACCAGCGGCAGCACAGCCGAGGCACCCAGGUCAGCCUCCACCGCUGCUGACAGCUCAACUUCUGGGACACCAGUCAGAGAAGAUCCACGUCCUGAACCAAUGGACAUCUACAACCUAGUAGCAAUAAUUCGGGAUCAGAUACGCCACUUGCAGAAGGCGGUGGAUCGUACCACAGAACUAUCCAGGCAAAGAGUUGCUUCUCUAGAGUUGGCCGCAGUGGCGGAUAAAGACCAAGCUGCUUGCAUGGAGGAGAUUUUGAAGCUCAAGUCCCUGCUGAGCACUAAGCGGGAACAGAUUGCCACACUCAGGACUGUGCUCAAGGCCAACAAACAGACAGCUGAGGUUGCCCUGGCAAACUUAAAGAGCAAAUAUGAGAAUGAAAAGGCCAUGGUCACCGAAACAAUGAUGAAGUUGAGGAACGAGCUGAAGGCUCUCAAAGAAGAUGCCGUCACUUUCUCCUCUCUCAGGGCAAUGUUUGCCACCAGGUGUGAUGAGUAUGUAACUCAAUUGGACGACAUGCAGAGGCAGCUGGCUGCAGCAGAAGAUGAGAAGAAGACUCUGAACUCCCUCCUGCGUAUGGCCAUCCAGCAGAAACUGGCCCUCACUCAGCGACUGGAGGAUCUGGAGUUUGACCAUGAGCAAUCCCGAAGAGGAUCCGGUGCUGGGCCUGGCGGCCGGGGGAAGGCUUCAUCUGGCCGUGGCAGAGGACCCUUGUCGUUUUCCAGCCCCCGUGUAAGUCCUAGACUACCCUUAAUUUUAUUAGCUCUGAAGAUUAUCUACAAACGGUUAUUUCCCUCUUCCUUCGUUCUACACCAUUCGUCCAGAAUACACAUGCCCGGUCCAAUUUCGGAAACGAGAAAUUUGUCCCUGGAUGUUGCUGCAAGAAAACACAGGCUCACAUGUAAAGCCAAGCGAUCUAUGUAAUCAUUAUUUUGAAUGUUACUGUGGUAUUAUUUUGUAAUUAUUUUUGGUUUAUUUUUUCUGCUUCGUUUUUGUUUAAAGUGCACUUUGGGUGCAUUAGUUAAUAUUAUGUAAGAGAUGCACAUUUCAGUAUAAUUGGCACUUUUUUUUUCUUGAUAAUUUUACGUAUUUAACUGAAAAAAAUAUAUAAUAAUAUAAGAACUGUGGUUUGUUUAUAGUAUUUUAUGCUUAACUGUCAGGUUCUAAGCAUAUUCCAGGGAGAACAAUUAUUUUAACUAGGCCUAUAUAUGUUUCUUGUUUUGUUCAAUAGUUAAACAUUCUAAAAUAACAUUAUCUUGAUAGUCAUGUAGUCUAACUCCACUUAUGGAACAAUAACUUUUGACAUGCUCCUGAGAAGUUUGGAUUUACAAUUUUAAUAGUUGGUCAAGGAUAUGUUAGAAUUCAGACAUAAAAAAAAAUCAGUUCCAAGUUGGAAUACUUUCUACUUUUUGCCAAAUACUGCAUUAAGAUCAGCAUUUUGUAUUUUACACUGCAAUACAUGUUUGUUUUUAAACAUUGAAUAUGUAUUUUGUAUAACCCUCUCAUAAGACCUCCUGUGCCUUUUAUGCAACUAUUGGUUGUUUGUUUUCAUGUACAAUUAUAAGAGCCAUAAUCUUCAGUAAUUUUGUCUGUCACACUACAGAUCUCACUCACUUGACCCAGUGUGUGUGUGUGUGUGUGUGUGUGUGUGUGUGUGUGUGUGUGUGCAACUAAUUUGGACAAUAAUUGAACACUCGUUUAGGAGAUUUUAUGUGUCAGUAAGAAUUAGGUGUGUUCAAAUCAUACAUUCCUUUAAGGAAGCAAUGAUUUUUGAUGGCGGUCUUGAUGGCUGUCUGUUGAUAUUGUUAGUCAUUAUUUUCCUCUGUGUACCUUUGCUAAUUAUUUUAUUUGUUUGUAUUUCAGCAAGCAGAAAACGUUGCCUCAGAACAUUAGUGCCAUUUCAAAUUUAAGAUAUUGUUAAGUUUUUAAAUCACCUUUUCCAUUUUUUCUUCUUUUGACUACAAAUGAAGUGCAAUUUUGUGCUGUUUUUGAAGUGUAUGCAAUAGUUUUCUAUUUGCUGAAACCGCUUCAUCAGCCAUGUCAUAGCUUUAUGACAUUUUGAGUUAUUUUUUUACACAUUUGUAUGGAGUGACCUCACUUAUUUGUUCAUAUUUAUUCAUAUUCAGUUCAGUAUUAAUGACUAGGUUUGUAUGCAUCAUUACUGGCAUAAUGCGUUGCCUCUUUGCAUUUCUACUUGAAAUCGUACAGGUACAACGUACGCUAUAGUGCCUCGUCAGGUGUUUUUUUUUUUUUUUUUUUUUUUUAACCGUGCUGAUGUUCAGUGUUGUGCUUCCUUGAUGGUGUUGUUUUUUUUCCUUUUUUUUCCUUUGUUUCUUUGUAGUUUAUCAUGAGGAACACAUUAUAGGCCCAUGUCUGUCUUAACAUUUCUCAAUAAACUAAUAUUCAAUAUUA